AUACUGGUGGAUACCGGUCGAUACUGGUGGUUGCGGCUCUUCCUGGGACCCUUGCGAGCUGAGAGCUGCGGACUGGAAAACCUUAGAAAAUGUAUACGAGUCGUGAAGAUAUCGGGUAUGACCUUGAAGAUGACCAAAAGGCUAAGACUAGGAAGACGCUGAAGCCCCACCCGGAUAUCGAUGGCGGCUGGGCCUGGAUGAUGGUCCUCUCCUCCUUUUUUGUUCACAUCCUCAUCAUGGGCUCACAGAUGGCCCUAGGAGUCCUCAACGUGGAGUGGCUUGAGGAGUUCCACCAGAGCCGCGGCCUGACCGCCUGGGUCAGCUCCCUGAGCAUGGGUAUCACCUUGAUCGUGGGGCCUUUCAUCGGCUUGUUCAUCAACACCUGCGGGUGCCGCCAGACAGCGAUCAUUGGAGGGCUGGUGAAUUCCCUCGGCUGGGUGCUGAGUGCCUAUGCGGCCAACGUGCAGUCUCUCUUCAUUACCUUUGGAGUGGCAGCGGGCCUCGGCAGUGGGAUGGCCUACCUGCCUGCCGUGGUCAUGGUGGGCAGGUACUUUCAGAAGAGACGAGCCCUGGCCCAGGGUCUCAGUACCACGGGGACAGGAUUUGGGACGUUCCUGAUGACCGUGUUGCUGAAAUACCUGUGCGCGGAGUACGGCUGGCGGAAUGCCAUGUUCAUCCAAGGUGCUCUGUCCCUGAACCUGUGUGUUUGUGGGGCGCUCAUGAGGCCCCUCCCUCCAGAGAAGGUAGAAAACUGCCCAGGAGCGGAAGAGCAAUGUGCUCUCCCCGCUUACUCCACUGAGUCGGUUAAGUCGGGAGGACCACUGGCCAGGACUGAAGAACAGGACCGAAGGCCCGGGAUUGAGGAGACGGUCUGUGACCUUCAAAUGCAGGAAUGUCAAGGUCAAACUCAUCCCAGGAAGAACGCGUGCGCCUUCCGGGUUCUGAAGACGGUGAGCCAGCUCACUGUGCGAGUCCAGAGGGGCUUUAGGGACUGGCACUCGGGCUAUUUUGGGGCAGCCUCACUCUUCACCAACCGCAUGUUUGUAGCCUUUAUUUUCUGGGCUCUGUUCGCAUACAGCAGUUUUGUCAUCCCUUUCAUCCACCUGCCAGAAAUUGUCAGUUUGUAUAACUUGUCGGAGCAAAACGACGCGUUCCCUCUGACCUCGAUUAUAGCAAUACUUCACAUCUUCGGGAAGGUGAUCCUGGGGGCCGUGGCCGACCUCCCCUGUAUCAGCGUCUGGAACGUCUUCCUCAUCGCCAACUUCACCCUGGUCCUCAGCAUCUUCCUUCUGCCUCUGAUGCACACCUACGCGAGCCUGGCUGUCAUUUGCGCCCUCAUUGGGUUUUCUAGCGGGUAUUUCUCCCUCAUGCCCGUGGUGACGGAGGACCUGGUUGGCACUGAGCACCUGGCCAAUGCCUACGGCAUCAUCAUCUGCGCCAAUGGCAUCUCAGCCUUACUAGGACCGCCAUUCGCAGGAUGGAUCUUCGACAUCACCCAAAAAUACGACUUUUCCUUUUAUAUAUGUGGUUUGCUUUACACGGUAGGGAUACUCUUUUUGCUCAUUCAACCAUGUGUUCAGAUGAUAGAACAACCCAGAAGGAAAUGCAUAGACAGUGCACAUGUUUAGUGUCCUGUAACGUUUCAUGUGGGUUCCCUCCUCACGCCUACCUCACCUGGCUGCUAGAGGAACAUUCUGUGAUGAUGGGUGGUGUCACUUGUGAAUGUCAUUGUUAUCUGUAAGCAGAGUGGCCUCUCUGCAGUGUUGGCAGAAGUGAUUAGAACUGCGUACCUCUUAGAGGUGACAGUGUUUAUAGCUUAUUAAAUAGUUGAUACAGAUGCCCUUAUGAAAACUUUCAAGCCAGGCAUGGUGGCAGAUGCCUGUAAUCCCAGCUUCAGGUAGAGGUAGGAGGGUCAGAGGUUCAAGGUUAGCCUGGACUACCUGAGACCCUGUAUCAAAAACCAAACCAAAACCACAAAAAAGCCCCCCUUCUCUUUCCCUCCCUCCCACUCUCCACUCUCUCUACUCCUCUCCCUUUCCUUCCUCCAUCUCUCUCUCCUUCUCUCCUUCCCUCUUUCUCUCCUUCCCUUCCUUCCUCCCUCCCCUUCUCUCUCCCUCUCCUUACCUCUUCCCAUUCACCGAGACUAGGGUUUAUAUGCAAAGACUGGAAAUAAAAGCUCUGUAACUCAUCUACUUCUUUGUAAGGUAAAACCCAAGUGUCUGUGUUUCCACAGAAGGUCCAGAUAUGUGGGCUUUGACAAUGACAGUAGGACUGAGUGUUGUAAAUUCUUACAAGGCAUCGCUGGUCUGCUAGGAUCAUGUAAAGGCAGGUUAUCAUUUCAAAAGCAGUGUAAUCUGGGGGCUGGAGAAAUGGCUAAGAGGUUAAGAGGUUCUUGCUGCUCUUGCAGAGGACCAGAAUUCAGUUCCCAGCACCCACAUGUUGGCUCACAACCACCUGUAAUCCAGCUCCAGGGGGAUCAGAUGCCCUCUUCUGGUCUAUGUGGCACACAUACAUACACAUAGACAAAACACCCAUACACAUAAAAUCCAAAAACAAAAAUCUUUUUUAAAAAAAGGAAUACAAUUUUGAAAAACAGUUUAUAUUUUUAUGAAAGAUUCUUUACCUAAGAAGUACAAUUUCUAACUCUUGUAAGAAAUGAAACUGGCCAUCCUUUCUAACUCAGUAACCAUGUCAUUGAAGAUGAUUUCAGCCAUCAACUGAACUCAGCACACAUCCUUCCCAUGUGGUCUUUGAGUAAUAUUCUUAGGAGUAUUUCUUAACUCACUUCAUGAUUGAAUUAAGGGCUAUGAUUCAAACACUUAAGUUCAUACCAUUAUCUUAGAUUCAAACAUCUUUUUCUUAGAGCCUGGUGUGGUGGCCCACACGGCGUUCACCCCCAAACUCAGCUGGCAGGUGGAUCUCUAAAUUAAAGGCCAGCCUGGUCUACAAAACAAGUUCAAGGACAGCCAGGGGUUCACAAGGAAACCUUGUCUCAAAACAAAACAAAAAACAAAAAUUAAAAAAAAAAAACAAAAACAACAUGUUUUUGGAGUUUCUCUUGCCCAGUGAAAUACAAGGUGAAGGUUAAGUCACUUGUAAAAUAUGUGGCUAAUCCCAAGCUAGACUCAAGCUGUGGGGGCCAGGGGAUGACCCAAUGGGUAAAGGCACCCUUGCUCUUAAAGUAGACCUGAAUUUUGUUCCUAGCACCCAUCUGGGGUGGCUCACAAUUACCUAUAACUCCAGUUCCAGGGUAUCUGCCACCCUCUUCAUUAAUGGAUGUAUAACAUCCCCCCUACACACACACACAAUUUCUUUUGAGUCAGGCUGUGAGGUCACAGAUGCAUUGCCUUGUAGCUGACCAUGUACCUCACACAGGAGCAAUGGUGCCUAACAGCCCAGCUCUGGUGCCUCUAGCCCUACAGGGUAUUCACUAGUCUGGACUUGGCACAAUUUUAAAAAUAGUUCUCUUUGUAGAUUUCAUACAUAAAGAAGUCUUAUCUGGGACAUCAUAAAAACACUCUCCCUUAGCCAAGAUCUCUAUUUUUCUAAAGCUAAAACAUUUUCAGACUACAGACUGCAGCUCCCACAAUCAUUUUGAAAUUUCUGACCGCCUUACUUGCUUAUAUAUACCUUUAAAUGACUUAAAUAUCUACCUUCUGGUUUGGAGGUAUAGCUCGGCAAGAAGAGCACUUGCCUAACUCCGACAAGACCCUAGGAUCCAGCUCCACACCGUAAAGCAAGACAGUUGGACUCGCAAUUUGCUCAUCAAACAAAUUUGCCAGUGUCUUGGGCCAAAUUUACCUAAAAUGAAUCCUCCCGUUCUCAAUUAUCUUUGGUAAUUAAAGGCAGGAAUGCUGGGAACUGGAUUUGCAGAAUGCUCCCGAGGUCUAACUUGCAGUCAGAAUGUGAGCAGAGCUUCCCAGAUGUACCGGGUAAUUAAAUGAACAGUUUCCUUCUGCCUCAUCUCCACGGUCUCCUACCCUUAAGGACUGUUGGAAAGGUGACGCCGUGAAACUGCCCGGGUAACACCAACUGUAAGCAAGCUGCCUGCCUGACUGAAAGGAGUCCUGAAGGCCCCACUAGUGCACACACUUUAUGUUACCUCCAAUGACUUGCACAUUGCCUGGACGUUAGAUAGGUAAUCAUUUGUAUGCCACACUUCAUUUGGCCUAGCACAAAGACAUGUUUAGGUUUUAUUUUGUUUUGUUUUGAGACAGGGUCUCACUGUGCUGACCAGGCUGACCUUGAAAUCAUAGAGACUUGCUUUCCUCUGCCUGCCUCUGUCUCCACCCCUGGCCAAAGACCUGCUUUAGUAUCGUCAGACCUGUAGCACAACUCGAUGUCUUGAUUGAUAAAGGUAUUAUCAGCCAGACAUGGUGGUGCAUACUUUAAAUCCCAGCACGUGGGAGGUAGAGGCAGGCAGAUCUCUUUGAGUUUAAGGCUAGCCUGUUCCACUUAGUGAAUUCUAGGUCAGUCGGAGUCCCGUAGCUAGGUCUCAAAAAUAAAUAAAUCGUAAAAGAUAAGCUUUGAAAAAGAGGCAGUGAUAUUUAUUUUCAUCUUAAAUGCACACGGUUAGGAAUGGUUACACAUGUGUUUUGAAAACUACAUUACAUCUUACUUUCGUUGUCUACGAUAUCAGUUAACAGGAGGCAGUGGGUGAUAACUGUUCUGAAAGGUGCUAUGGGGGAUGCGUGUACUGCGGGCUAGGCGUCAGAAGCAGAACCUCCCGCCACUGACCCGGCUGGACCGUCAUCGGGUUAGAUUGCUCACGGUUCCGUUUGUGGACUCACUGUACUCGAGGGGGCAGCGGCUUCUACUAAAUCGGAGGCUCCUGCAGGACUGAAGCAAGACCUGCUUGCAAAGAACAGCUCCUGUUCCAACCUGAAGUGUUCUAAGGAAACUCUCAAGGGUUAACUGUGUAGUUGUAUCACAGGCUUUAUAGUUUGCCAUUCACAAACCUAUGUUUUGUUUUGUUUUUUUUAUG